GCAGAUCAACUUCAGAGGAUAUCAAGAGGUCGCUGAGGAGUGUGGGACGGUGGCGGACUGUGUUAAUGUCUGCCUACUCAUUAGUAAGGUGCGUGUCCCCUGUGUCCGCUUCGGUCGCCCGUUUGGGAAUGCGUCCUAUGGCCCUGGCGUUUGUGUAAAUCGUGAGGAAGGCGCGUUUGGAGCGAAUUUGCUAUUUUCGGCGCUUGCGCUGUCAUUUCCACCCGUCGGUUGCCAAACGUCGGAGCCUGCGCCGUAUUUGUCGAUGCAUUGAUAGCUAGCCCGCUAGUUAGCAGGAGAACUAGCCCAUUCGGUGGCUAGCCAGCUCGCGCUCUGAGCUUUCAUUACCGAACACUCAAUAAAUUCAGCUUCUUCAACCGGACCGUCAUCUGUGCGCAUCCUGGUGUAUUAGCGAACUACUUGAUCAGCAAAAAGGGUGAGUCGAGGGGGGCAGGGAGAGACCGACGGAGGCGCGGUGAGCCAGGAGCGGCCGAUGAGUUCAGACCAGGGCGGAGAGCCGCAGCUGCAGGAGGAGGCUGAGCCGGGACCAAAAACCCGUGGGGAGGACGAGAUCACACCCGGGACCGGGGGAGACUCAGGCGUCAUGGUCACUGCUAAAGGAGCUGGUCUGAACCCUAAUGCCAAGGUGUGGCAGGAGAUUCCUGCAACACAAAAUGAAGCUCCUGUGGAUGGCACUGUGGCCUCCCCCUGGUCCCAGAACAAUACGGCUGAAGAUACCACUGUAGGUAAACAGUACACAACUGGCUUCUCCACUCUCGAGGACAGCAGCACCUCUGGUACUGUAGUAGGGGUGGUGAACGGCAUGGACCCCCCUGACCAAAGCUUCCCGGUUUGUGAGCGCACUACAGGAACUAAUGUGGAGUCCAAACUCCCUGAGGAACAGCCCGUCUCUGAAGAGACUUUGCGUGAGUCUCUCAAAAAAGAAUUGGAGUUCUGUUUCUCCAGGGAGAACUUAUCUAAGGAUCUUUACCUAAUAUCUCAAAUGGACAGUGACCAGUUUGUCCCCAUUUGGACUAUUGCCAGCAUGGAAGGAAUCAAGGUCCUCACAACUGACAUGGACCUCAUCUUGGAUGUCCUGAGAUCAUCUCCUAUGGUCCAAGUUGAUGAAAAAGGGGAAAAAGUACGGCCAAAUCACAAGCGUUGCAUUAUCAUUCUGCGAGAAGUCCCUGAAACAACACCUGUUGAGGAAGUGGAAGCCUUGUUCAAGAAUGACAACUGUCCCAAGGUAAUAAGCGUGGAGUUUGCACACAACAACAACUGGUACAUUACAUUCCAAUCAGAUACAGAUGCUCAACAGGCAUACAGAUAUUUAAGGGAAGAAGUGAAGACAUUUCAGGGAAAACCAAUCAUGGCCAGAAUAAAAGCCAUCAACACAUUCUUUGCGAAGAAUGGUUACCGCAACCUGGACUGCAGUGUGUAUCCUCAGCAAUCUCACACUCAGUCACAGUACAGCUCCCCUCUCUUCAUGCAGCCUGUUUACAGCCCCCAGCAGCAGUACCCACUCUACAGCAUAGUACCUCCUACUUGGACGCCAUCUCCUACUCCAUACUUUGAGACUCCCCUGGCACCUUUUCCCAACAGUGGUUUCGUCAAUGGUUUUGGCUCACCUGGACACUACAAAACUGGCUCAAAUUCUCUAAACCUUAGCCGUCCCUUCAGCAGGAACCGUGUUCCACUCUAUUCAAGAAAGAAUGUAAUAAAUGCCUUCAGGAACCAUGUAAAGCCUCAGACGAGGGCUAAUGAUGGACUCUCUUCCACUGUGUCCCCGGUGGCUCUUGUGGAUGGACUGUCUGGCCUGCACAGUCCCCAGCCUCCCUCAAGUGGCGGGCCGGUGCUGUCCUCCACCGAGCUCAACUCAUCUUUUCCACACCUAGUUUCCAACGAUCUAACUGAUGAUGGCACCAUGGCAGGACGUGGAAGGAGAACAACAUACAGAGGCACUCGAAGGCGGCGAGAAGAUGAUCGCACAACUAGACCAGUUCCCUUGUCUCAAGUGAAGGUACCGCCCCCCAAGUUCGACCUGGCCGCCUCCAACUUCCCUCCACUGCCUGGCUGCUCUGCCAGUCCGCAGGGGGAGCCUGUGCUGGAGAACCGCCUCUCCGAUGUUGUACGGGGCCUGAAUAGGGAAAAGCAGCAGGAUUCCAGCAAAGAGUCCGCUGUGAGUCCCGCGGGCCCAGCUUCAGAGGAGACUGUCUCCAGGCCCACCCAGCCUGUAGCCAAGAUGUCUGCUCACGUUCCUGAUCCUGUCACCUCCAGCUCCAACCACCUGGAGAAGAAACCAGAGAAUGUGGAGCCUCCAGUCUAUAAAGAGACGUCUGUGACCUCUGCUCCUGUCGCAGCCGUGCCGCCCACCCCUGUCCCAACAGCACCUGGUCCAAAGCUUCAGCCCAGCUCGGCUACGCCUGCAGCCCCUCAAUCUAACACCGCCCCCUCCAGCACCCCGGCACUGGAACCUCGCAAGCUCAGUUACGCCGAAGUAUGUCAGCGACCACCUAAGGAUCCCCCUCCUCCAGCAUCCACUUCCAGCCCCAACAAUGCAAGUGCACAGCCUUUGAGAGAGCUGCGUGUCAACAAGGUGGAGGAGCAGCCCUCCAGCCCUGCAAACAAACAGGAUCGGCCUCAGGAAACGGGGGGCAACUGCAAGGCCAGGGAGGGCCGGCCGGCCCGUGACUCCCAGGGCUUUUCUCGCAGCAACGGACCCCCCAGAACCAGUACGGGGGGAUUCAAGCUACGAGAGCAGCAGAGACGCCCUCCUUUCGGCCAUCGCGGUUCCCCCCAGGGAGGUUCCAGACACACUGGAAAAGAGCAGAACAUCCCCCCCAUAUCGCCAAAGUAAAGACUCUGAACAGAAAUCCUUAAUGUAUGAAUAUUUACACACACAUAUAUAUAUAAGAUAUAUAUGUAAAUAUAUAUAUAAAUAUAUAUAAAGAGAUGAAAUAUGAAUAUAAAAGUCAAAAUUUAAAAUGGUAUUCACCUCUCCUGCCUGGAGCACUUCCAGAGGAAAAAGUCUCAUGAAGUGACAAUGCACAGACUGGGGUAUCCAGGCAAAAAUGGGCAUCAGAAAUUGGAAGCAGUUGUUGCUUGCUGAAGGACGCCAUCAAAUAGGAAAAAAAAACAUUUUAUGCUUCUAACUUGACAAUGUCCCUUCAGAAUGUAAAUCCAUGUGAAUUUUUUUCUUUUUUUCUUCUUGAAACGAGAGUGGCCUCUCUUAGCCCUGCUCGAGAGAGGUGUGAAAGUGGGCGGUCUGAUGGCCCUGAUGGUGGUCUGCAAAGAGCAUAUGCACUAAGAAAAGGAACAUGCAUAAACGAUGUCAUGUACCUAUACAAAGAUAUCACUUUGACAUGCAAUGAUUCAUCUUUUUCUUUUCUUUCGUUUUCGGUUGCUUCAUUCGCAAUCACAGGACACUGGCCGUUCGACCCCUGGGGUAGUUUGACCGUGUAAAUGAACAUUUGUUUGGAAGGAUGUGGUUUGCUUUAGAGUCGAUUCAUCUGGGAUCUAGAUCCCGUGUAGAAUAUGUGGCGCGUGCUUGAGAGUGGAUUAUUUCGCAAGUAUCUUUAGGGCUGACAGUGCGAUUUGGUCUGGAGUUUUGCAUUAGUUUGCUUGACAUACUGUAGCUCGUGAUUAACUCAAUAAUGGGCACUCGGAUUUACUUACGAUCAAUUUUGGAGCCUUGUUAAUGAUUUAAAUAUAUAGCCUACUGUCACUUCAUGAAGUCAAAGCCUGCCAAUUAUGAUGCUGUUAUGUCACUGAUUUGCUGAUGGGGAUUUUUUUUUUUUUUUUUUUUUUUUUUUUUUAAAUGUGAUUUGUCAUUGUUUUUGUAGUUAGUUUGAGUAACCAACAGCCUGUGAAUGAUAACUUUAACAGUCAGGUACAUAGGCACUCAUGAACUUUGUGUCAUCUCAGAUUUGUCCGUUUUGUUUUUGUGCAUUCUUCUUCCUGGACUGCUUUGAGCAUGCUCAAAUAUCCUGAUUAUCAGUCAUGCUAUGUUUACAACAAGUUGAUAGUGGUUUGGGCUAAUGCAAGGCAGAGUCGAGAAUCAUGAUCAUUUAAGUGGAUUGUUUCUGAUUUAAAGGGUUUCCUAUUUUCAUAAUCGGUAUCUUCAGAGUUGAUUAAUUGGAUGGAGCUGUUGGUCAUAAUGAUGAUAUAGGUCAAGCAGGUCUGAAAGUUUCUAUCCAUUAUUGUUGAUGAUAAAUUAUGGUUACCACUGCUAUAUCAAAGUGAUUGUUUCUUAAGGCACAUUUAUCACCAUCACCUCCUUGUGUUUCAGUGAAAGAAAUCCGGCGUUUAUCACCUAUUGGUCAUUCGGAAACCAAAUCGGCAGUACUGGUAUCUUAAAAAAUAAUUUUUAUGAUGAUUUAUGUGCAAAUUUAAUGCCCAGAGUGGGUUAUCUGGCUCAGGGGUGACAUGUCUCAUCUCAUUCCUGUUACUUAAAUUCAUUUCUGGUCUAACAUUUAUAGGAACUUCCAAUUCGGUCGUUUCAUGCCGUUUUAUAGUUUCAAGGAGAUGAGAUUUAAAGGAAAAUUGAAUGUUAGAUGCUUGGUAUCACCUGAAUGUGUCCUCCAUGAAUUGUAAUACACACCCCUUAUUUAAACAACUACAUUUCUUCCCUAAACAGAACGUUUUGACUGUUGGAUAAAUGGCAAUAUCUGUGCAAAAUCCUCUCUUAAUGAUUGCUGCAAGGUUUCUUAUAGCUUUGCUAUUGUACCGUGACUGUCGUCAUUGCUAUGCCAAUGUCAGCAUGUUCUUUUUGAUGGGGUGGCGUGUGUUUGGGUAAAUAGAAAUUGACAGUUGCUUUGGUAGAUGGUACCUGAUAGUGACUAAGUUGGGAUUAUGAAUAGCAGGGAUGCAUUCACUACAAAAAAAAGUGCUGUGGUGAAUUGGUGCUGUUAUUUGAACGUUUAAUCAGGAGGAUACAGUAUUGCUGUUCAAUUUAUUGUAAAGUAUUGCUUUUAAAAAAUUGAUUUUUAAUUUAUUUUAAUUCUGCUGUCCAUCCCCCAUGCAACCCCCUGUCCCUUGUAAGUUUAUCAUGACUAUGUACAAAAAAAAAAAUUGGGAGAUAGACACAUUUAACAUUUGUAUAAUUUUUUUUUUUCUUGGAGAUUUCAGCAGAGAAAAUACUUGAUGCAUUUACUAGAGGCUUAGUAAUGCGGUAAAUAACAAAUCACUGGGGCUUUUUUUUUUUUUUUUCUUGUUUUCAUUAAUGAAUAUGAGCAGCUAGUGGUUUAGGAUAAUGAAAUGCACUAACUUGUUUAAAAAAAUCUUAUUGUUAUGUAAUGUGAAAUUAUACUAGGAGCAUAAGGUAAUGAUAUUGAUGUUGACAGGCUUGCAAAAAUCUACAGAAAAUAGCAAAUUGCUCUUUAAUGUUUGGGUUAUUACUGUUAAUUGAUUUAGGGGUUGGUGUGGCAAAGGGAAGAAUUAUAUAACAAUGGAUUGAAGUGAGACACUAAAUUCUAGCUGUCUGCAUAAAAUGUCACAAAAAGAAAAUAAAUUAUUUUGUUUUGGCCUUA